AGAAUCUUCAGUAUAUAGUUCUGUACUUUUCUGUAAACGAAAUAGCUUUCACGAUCGUUUAUCAGGGUUAAGGCCAGCAGAAAAAAAUCCAUUUGACUUGAAUCAUUGGUUUGUUAAAAAUAAGGAUUCUUUGAACAUUUCUUAUUUUCUUUCUAAGGAGCCCAAAUAUCUUAGCCCUUAAAACAACGUAGUUGGUUUCAUUGUUUUACCUAAAAAAAUUCCUAACAUUCAUCAAAAGCUAGUUAUUUAGGAAUUGGUGGACUUUGUAUUGCUUCCUUCUUCCGAUGUUUGGAAAAGAAAUAUGGGAUUCUCUUACUCAAAUUGAACAUCUUUCAGAUGGGACCAUAAGUGAGGUUUAUGUAGGGGUGAGUAAAAGAAACAACACUGCAUAUGUUGUAAAGAUUCAAGAAACGAGAUUCAAACGUCCACCGCAUGAUGCGAUACGCGGAAGAAAUAUCUUGAAGGAUUUGCAACAUCCACACAUUCAGACUUUGCUUGGGUCAUUUUUCGACCCUUCAACCUCCUGUUUACAUUUAAUUACAGAGUAUAAGCCUUUCGUGCUUUCUGAAAUUUCAAACAAACUGCGCAAAAAUGUAAAAAUCAACAUUGUUUCUCAGCUCGCCGACGCACUUCAAUUUCUCGAGGAACAUAAGAUAUUGCACAGGGAUAUACAUCCCAACAAUGUUUUGCUAGACUCUGAGGAAGGACCGGCCUAUCUCACAGAUUUCAGCAUUGCUUGGUCAGAAAAGUACCCGGGAGACGAAAAGGAAGAGCUAAUUUCCCAGAUUGGAACUGGUCACUAUAGAGCAAUCGAAACUUUGUUUGGUUGCCGAACAUAUCGGCAUGAAGUAGAUCGCUGGUCUUUUGGCAUUCUCAUCGCCGAGCUUUUCUCAAACAUCCCUCUGUUUGAUGAUGGAAGCUCGGAGGGUUGGCCUAGUGAGUUACAACUUAUAAGUAGCAUAUUUCAGACACUUGGCACUCCAAAUGUCGAGAUGUGGCCGGAACUUGCAGCUUGUCCUGAUUGGAAUAAAUUUAUUUUUCAUGAAUACCCACCAAAGUCAUGGGAAGAUAUUUUGCCGAAUACUAAUUCAACUGUCCGUAAAGUGGUUUCCAAGCUUGUUACCUAUCCGAAUCGGGCCUCUCCUGCUUUUGUUUUAGAAAAUAUUCAUCUUUAGGUGAUGAAUUGGCUCAUCUGGUUUCUUCAGUACUAAAACAUCCGAAAACUUUAUGCGAUCAGCUGCAUUACAUUUGAUAUAUUUUAAAGUACCCUGAACUCGAUUUAUUUAGAAUUUUUUUCGUUUCAACUGUAUAAAUAUUAUUAUUGACGAUCCCUAUGGACUCUCGUUUAGUGCUUUAUAUCCCUGUGUUUGUUUACACCAUAAUGACUUACCUACACCAGAUGUACCACUAAUUGAAAUGCGAA